AUGCCGCCUCUGAUAGUUAUCGACUCUAUCGGGGAUGAAGAUGUUCAAUUCUUGACAUCACGGAUUGCCGCUUCCGAGAAUAGGCGAAGAGCCACAUCGUCGGCUACACUUGGCCGCGGCAGUGACGAAGAGGUUGGAGACGAAGAAGGAGACGUGGAAGAGCUGGUGGAGCUGUUUGAAGAAGAAGUCAUUGACCUCACUGGGCACGAAUUAGAGAAUGGCGCCUAUGGUCAGCUUCACGAAGGCGAAUUGCCCAUAGAAAAGUAUCGCGAUCCUCGUUCAGGGGCUCAAUUCUCUCGUGGAGACUUACUGCAGGUUCGAAAUGUCGACCUUGGGACUUACGAAAUCGACUUCGUUCAGAUCCAGAUCAUCGCACGGGAUCGCUGCGGGCACUACAAGAUUCGCGGAAUCCCCUUUGUACGGACGAGGAAGCUACAAGGAAAGCUGCCAAAGAAGGUCAAUGAGAUAUGCAUGAUACUUCACAUUCAGAGACGGGACAAUGGAGAAGAGCUCCCUGCGGUCCUCGUUGAUGUUCCCACCACCUCGAUUGUCAAGAGACGAGAACUUGUCAUUACCAACGCCGUCUAUCCAGAACACUGUUACAAUGCAGCUGGUCUUGGCUUGCAUGCUGUAAACGAAGAAGCGCAACAAAGAUGGGCUGAAAUUCAUGGUAAUCUUGUCUGCCGCUGGAAAUUUACGAUUUACUUCACCAUGCAGCGCCAAAGUCGGGCUACAAGACCAGAAGAAGAAGUUCUCGAGCGUGUCCAAUUGGACGACGUACCAGCUUCAAGAUAUCGCGUAUCAGACGAGACACUUUGCAACCAGUGGCGGGGUGGACGCACAAAGGGAGGAUCGUGGCACCCGAACAGGUCCGGAAUUAUUGAUCUCGAAUUGCGGUCUUAUCACGGAAGCACGACUCGAACUGCAAGCAACAGACGGACAGGACAAAAGUAUACAUUCUUUGAUUCCUUUGCCGGGGCAGGGGGUGUAUCUCGUGGCGCCAAGAGCUCCGGCUUCAAAGUCCAAUAUGCCGUGGACAAAUGGGCUGAUGUCUAG